UUUCGAACUAAUAUUUGUACAAGUGUUUUGUGGAUGCGUUCGCGCCGCGCGUGUUUCUAACUGUGUGCAUGGAUGUGUUUUUUGUGAGUCUGGGCUGAAUUUCGAUUAGAUUGCAAUUGCAAUUGCAAUUGAAAGCGACACAUAUUUUUGCGGCCAUAUUGCUAAUUCGCUGGACAGCAAGCCGCAAAGUCUCCACACACGCAGGCAAAACUUCAAAGCCGGAGACUCUCCAAAAACGUGUGCGAAAACGAAAACAAAAACAAAACACAAAAGCAAAGCUCGCUGCCAAUGCAAACGCCACUUGCGCAGCCGAAGCAGCUCGCGUCGCUGUCGCUUCGUUGGCGCUCGUGCUAUGCGACGACAGCAGCAGCAGCAGCAACAGCCGAAGCAGCAGCAGCAGCAGAAGUUGCUGUCGCAGCAGCAGCAGCAGCGCUCAGUCUGUUUGUGUCGCUCGGUGCGUUCGGUUGCCAAUUCGCGUUGUGUUCGUUCUCGUUGAGACAUUGACGCUGUCUCUGUCUCUGUCUUCGUUUCCAUUUGUAUCUGCGUUCUCUUCGCUCGUUGCGCGUGCGCCGCGUCGAUGUUGCUGCGGUUGAAUAUGUCGUCGCUUCAGCCCAUAAGUUCGUGCGAGUCAAAGUAAAAGCCAUAAAAGCAAAAGAGCAACAAAGUCGAAAAUAAAAGUGUGCGAAAACAAAAAUGUAACAACAACAACAACAACAACAAGCAAGCCAAACCAAAGCAAACCAAUCGAGCAACAGUUUAAUACGAGUUUCGUUCUUGCUGCUUCUUAAAGUUCUUCUCUUUUGUUUUUUCGUUGACCAUUAAAAGUGACGCUGUAAUGAAGCUUUAAACGCACUACAACAAAAAGAAAUAAAAAUAAAAUUAAAAAAAAAAGAAAUAAAAAAAGUAACAACAACAACAAACGAAUUGAGCCGCCCCGUUGUGGCAUCAACUUGAACUUCAGUCUGCGUCUCUGUCGCUGUCGCUGUCUUCGUCUUCGUCUUCGUCGUGCCUCGUCUCGUGAUCUCGUGUGGUAUUUUUAGACAAAAAAUCGCAACGCAAUGGGCACCAAGUCACCCGGUGGUCCGCAGCGCUGCCGUCUCAUACUGCAGCGCUGCCUGGCCAUCCAGCUGAGCAAGCCGGGCCACACGCCCGAGGACUUUUGGAUGUACGACUCGGGAUAUAUGAUAUUUCAGAACUUCCUGGCGGCCAAUGCGCAAUGCUGGUGGAAUGCCCCACUGACAGCUGCAACACGUGCGCUCAAGUAUGCCGGACAUGUGGCGCCUGGGAUGUUGCUGGUCACCGCUGAGCCGUGUGCUCUGGAGGUGCUACGAGGCGCCUUUGCGCGCAGUGUGCUCAAACCGCCAGCUACCUACAUCAUCAGUUCCGUGGGUGACAUUGACGAUUGCAUUGUGACGCCAACGGUUCAGGGACAGUUCACUCCGCUGCCCGAGGCGCUCUGUGACGUCAUCAUGGAUCUGACCGCCGAGGGUCAGUCGGCGACCAUUGAGCAUGUGCGCAGCAAGCUGGGAGUGAGGUUUCCCCACAUGACCACGCCCGCCACGGAGGUCAUCUACGAUACGCUGGCGCAGCUGAUGCAGGAGCAGAAGAUCUACCAGACCGCAAAGGGUUAUUUCAUCUUUACGCCAGAACGUCGUCGCAGUCGUUCGAGACCGCGCAGCAAUCAUCACCAGUUAAAUGGCGGACACAGCAACAAUGGCAGCCUGGCCUAUUCCCAGCUGACGGAGGAGGAGCAUCAACAGGAUGUGGUGCCGCCAGAGGCACGCACCAUGCUCAUGUCAAAUGCCGAGGCAUUGCACUCACUCUACGGUGAAAUAUCCACGGAACGGGAUGGCGAUCUAACGCAUCAAUGUAUACAAACCAAUCUGGCGGAUGUCAUCUGUGGAGGCAAUCCCAAUGACAAGAUCAUUUAUCCGCGUGCGGCCAAGCGACGCAGUGCAUCAUUUCCGACACCGCGCAGCUUGGAACGUCGGCACAGUUUGCGGCUCUUUGGCUCAUCGAAGCGCCUGCAACGCUGCGCCUCCACACGCAGCCUGUCCAAGACCUAUGCCCAGACGCUCAACACCACGGACAGCAGCAGUUCGGAAUACCAAAGCACAGAUUCGUCAUCACCCAAAAAAGGAUCUUUGCUCUCACGACUUUUCCGACGCAGCGGACGCGCCAAGCAGCGUCAGAUUGAAACUUACUCGGCACAGUUUCCACCUGCCGAGUGGUUCAAUACUCGCGCUGUCCAUCUGCAUAGUGUGGGCACCCAAACUGCAGAUCACGACAUGCCCGCUGUUCAUACGCUGUCCAACUCGACGUUCUACGAUGGCUCCGAGCUGAGUCAACGUUCGUCGACGCUGCCGCGCCGCCAUCGCCGUCACAUGUCCAGCGAGUCGACGUUCCUGAUAUCCUCGAGGGACUGCUCGCCGAUCAGGAGACGAUCGCCCGUGUACUGCAGCAGCUCGCUACCUCGCUCCACGCAGUCCAUACCGGCCAGCAGCAGCAGCAGCGGCGCCGUCGUCAAUCACAUUAAAAUGAAUCAUUCGUCGGCGACGUUGUCACGCCUACAUGCGGCCACGCCCACGCCCACGCCACAGAAAACAGCACAAAAGUCGGUGAUUGGCAAGCACAUCUUUGAGAGCUCGCCGGCACGCUCCUCCGCGCUGAAGUCAGCGAUGCCAGUGAAGCGGCAAACGGAUGGUCUGAUGGUCAUCAAUGGCUGCACGGACAACAAGACGACGUAUCGGAGUCUGCAGAGCAGCGGCCCAUCCAGUUUGGAGUCCUGCAAGACGUCGAUGCUGGCGAGCGGCCCCUCGAGCAUUGACAGCGGCAAGGUAUCGUUCAGCCAGAAGACCAGCGGCCACUCUAGUCUCGACUCCCAAUGCUCCACGAACACGGCCGUCGUGGCGCCCAACUCCUCCAAUGGCAGCUCUCGUUCCAUUCUCCUUCUGAAUGGCUCACCACGUGGCACACCGCGUCAUCAGGCGAUGCGGGCGCGUGUGGCAGAGGCGCAGGCGCAGCGGCAGCGUUCGAGCACGCCGAGUCGCAUCCUGGAGGAGCUGUCGUAUCCCACGACGAAUGGAGUCCCCAAUUCGAGUAGCAACAACUCGAUAACGCUGCAGGUGACCACGAGCUCAAAUGGAAGUGGUCAGAGUAUUCCCAGCACCAAGAUCUUUGUGCAAAACUCGCCGGUGAGGAGUGUAAUCACUUUGGAGAAUGGCAAAAUGCUGGAGAACUCGAAUGUGUUUAUCAUUAACAAUGAAACGAUGACGAACGAGAAGGGGGAGAUCAUAAAGAAGACGCUGUCCAAGCAGACAACUCCAGCUGCAUCUACAGCAUCCACAGCAGUGCCCAUGGCCACAUCCACGCCAGUCAGGCCGGAAUCCGUGCCGGAGCAGCCGCUGAGCGAAACGGAGGCGAAUUCCGAGACCUGCGACUCCAUUUCCUUCAUCAGCGAGAGUUCGCCCGAGAAUACAGCGACUGAGACGCCCUCCUAUGAUGGGGGCAAGUAUGCCAAGAACACCAACAAUGAUGCAACGAUGAACAACAGUCGCAAGCUGUGUCUGCAGCUGACCAAUGGGAUUGCCUACAAGAACAACGUGCUGAAGAAUGAAUCCCAGCCAAAUUCACCAUGUGGAGAGCAACAACAGCCGCUCAAGUUGGCCGCCUUGGCUAAUCAGGACUUUGAGAUUGCCGGAUCUGUGGGUAAUCUGCAUUUCUAUGAGAAGCACUCAAAGGACAAAAUGAUGAACAACAGCAGCAGCGAUCUGAAGAAUCUCUGCUAUGAGUCUGUCUGCCAGCUGCAAAAGUGCUCCAUGAAUGGCGAUGAACUCGCACUGGCGCAUCUCCUGCACAAGUCGAGCAAUCCGUUGGGUAGUGAACCGAAUCUCGCACUGAAGGAUCAUGCGAAUGACAAGGCAAUCGACAAGGAGGCCAUGGACAGAAGACUUAGUCUCACCAAGGAAUCCCUGGAGCAGGGCAUGGGCAAUGUACUCGCCGCUGGCAAUGAGGAGCUCUACAAUUUUCCCAGUCUCACAGAUCUGUCCUUCAACUUCACAUCACUGGCAGCUCGUAAAAUCCUGCAAGGCGUCAGCCUGAACAGCAUCGAUACGCUCGUCGAGCUGAACAUGGCGGCAGCGGCGGCGGCUGCAGUGGCGGCCAGCAGUGCCCAGGAGAAGCAACAGAACAACCAGACGGCAACGACGGCAGCGGCAACAACAGCUGCCUCCGUGUGCACAGACUUUGGCAUGGUCUAAUCAGUAGUUGGAGGCGCCUCCAACCAACAGAGCAGCUCUGUUGGCUCCGGAUGCCGCUUCAUCCUUAGCAUAAUCAAACGAAAAUGUAGACGAAAAAGAAAAUGUAGAAAGAGCAGAAAAAAGUGCAUUUGGCAAGCAAAUUAAUUUGCAAACUCUGUAAUUUAUUUUUAUCGAAUAUCGAUCUGAUCGUUUCCGUUUUGUAGCAACAAUUUUUAUAUAUUUUUUUUUUGUCUAAUUGUGUAUUUACAAUUUCUUUAAAUAUCGGAAGCAAUUUUUAUUAUUUACAGUGCCAAAAUAUGUUUAGUUUAAUUAUAAUGUUUAUAUACUUUGUGUGGGCAAGUCGAAUGAAUAUUGUUAUCCCAACAACAACAAUCCCCAACAAACAAUCCCACUCGCGAAUCAUCCGAAGGCAUCUGAAAGAGUUUGCAAGUGCAAUUUAUUUUUAAGUAGAGAGAGAGAGAGAGCAGCUCCCAAAACUUUAUGUAAAGUUUUUAUUUUUUACCUCUGCUUAGAACCCGUGUUUAAUUCUUAGUUUUUUGUAUAUUUGUUUAAAGAAAUAAUCGUUUAGACUAACAUGCUGAUAAAUGUAACCCUAACCACAAACGACACACACACUCACACACACAAACUCACACACACACUCAAAACAACACACACAUUGCGAAUAUAGAAUUUAGCACAUACAACAGAAAUAUAUACAAUAAUUUUGUACAAGGCCUUAAUUAGUAGAGUCAGCAAUAAUAAUAUAUAAGUUAAAAUCACUAAUAAAAUAUAUACAAAUUUAUACAAACAAAA